UUCUGAAUAGAGUCAGACUAAGUGUUUACCGUUUGGAUCUACUAUUACUGCAACUCGUGCCCUAGCGUAAGUUGUUAGCGUGAGAUUGUGCGAAACUGCAAGACAAUUAUUCUGGCCUGAACACUCUCGUAGCUCGGUACUUCGUAGAGUCUCCAUGUCACGGACAGUUCGGGGGUUCAUCCGCGACUAACCUCUGACACGGAGUAGACAGUUUUUAAAAAUGGACAAAAGGUUGGAUGCAUCAAGAUCAAGUUAUAACGAGGAUGUCUCCACUCAUUCUAAGAAGACCAAGAAAAGGUCUAGCAAAAGGAGCAGUAUACUUGGUCCUUGGAUGAACAGUGUUCAGAGCAAUCAAAACAGUGAUGUAUUACCUAACAUGGAGUAUCAGCAUGUUCUGUGGCAGUCGAAUAUGCAACAGAAUUUUCAAAGUAAUGGACAACGUCUCUUCGCAACAACUUCCGAUCCAAGCAUGUGCGGCUAUGCUCAAAUGCCAAUGACAUACACAAUGGAACCUGUUUCGUUACCAGCCAUGUAUAGAUUGUAUCAGCCGGUACCAGUCUCUGGUAUGAGGACCGUUCACAACAGACCUAGGAGGCAUUGCAAUCAGAAUCAUCCAAUGAAUUUGGGCAUGAAUACUAUGGGGAAUGGUUAUACAAGUCUGCAGGAGAAUGGAAUGGAAUCUCCUGUGCCUGUUAACUAUCAGAAUGGAGAUUAUGCAAGUCUACCACCUACUGCUAAUAAGAAUAAUGGUAUUACUGGUGAUGAACUGAAUUCAGAGCAUCGGAGGUAUUCUGAUCCUGGUCUUGGGUCUGCCGAAGCUCCUGUUCACGCUCAAAGCGAAGAUUCGGACAGUGUUGAUAGUGGAAGCUCCAUUACAACGAUUGGACGUAGCAAUAAACUUGUUCUGUCUCUCAUUGAGCAGAUGACAGAACUAAAGAAAAGCAAUAGUCAACUGUUUAAAGAAUUGAAUGAAACAAAGUCCGAGUUAGGUAGCAUGAAGGCAAAGUUCGCGCAGUGUAAAUACAAUGCCUCUUCAGAUUAUCAACCAGGAAUGUUAUCAGAUCUUAUCAGAGAAAUCCGGCAAGCCAACAAAACAUGCGAAGAGGGUUUGGUCAUCAAGGUGAAGUCCAUAAUGGAGGAGAAAUUGAAUCAAAGGUCGUUGGAAGUAACUAACUUAGGCAAUCAAAUUCUGAAAUUAAUGGAGGAGAAGGAGGAGAGCGAGAGGCGCAUCGAAAAAUUAGAAGAGGAGGUCGCCACACUGAAACUGAACGCAAACAACGAAGGCCGCGAGAUCGCAGCCUUCGAGGAAGAGACGCUGGCGCUGCGACGAGAGCUGCAGGAGGCGCGGGCGUCGAAGACACUGGCCGAGACACGCGCGGCUAAGUCCGUAAACGCAAGAUCGGUUACGCCUGUGUCCUUCGAUAAACCGUACGUGACCAGCACGCCCGUUCGUACAGCUCUCUCAGACACCUGUAGCUUGAUCCCACCACCACCACCACCGUCGUCGUCGUCGUCGUCGUCAUCGUCAUCGUCAUCGUCAUCGGUAGCCUCAUCCUCAGUCCCAACAUUCGGCCCGUAUCUUCUGGCGCAACGUUUCGUCACCGAGAAGUCGAGCAGUCAUCGUGCGACAACAGGCGAUUCUAACAACGAGUGGACAGUGGACGAUGACCAGAUCGCGGUGUCCAGUAGUCAGUUGUCAGUUGUAGCUACCAGUGACGCGGAUGGUAACUUGGAGGAGGCAUCCAGUUGUUCUACAUCCAUAGGGGGGACUCCGUUGGAGGAUAUAAAAGAGGUCACGGGACAGGAGGAUGAUUAUACCGAGGCUGGACACAUGGACGAGAUCGUUGAACGUAUCGCACGGAUAGAAGAGAUCGCGGCUGAUAUUGCUAAAGAGGUGGACUAUAAAGUGGACUCCACGGAGAGUAACCUAGAGGCUAACGAUCGGACUCUGUCCAGUGCGUUAGAGAAGAUGGUUAUAGUCUCGAGGAGCGAAACGAACAAUCCCAGUUCCAAGGACGAUGGCUUUCAUCGGGGUCAGAGGGGUAGCUCGAAGAGGUCCAAGAAGAAGAAGACAGUUGCGAAGAGGUCUUUCAGCGAGACGGAGAAAACGACGAACGAGGCCGCGUGUUACACGACGAACGAUCGGAGAACGGUGAGCGUGGACGUGGAUCAUCGUUUGGAUGACGAGGAGGCCGCGAGCCGAGCCAUCACCGAGAUCCCGGAAGUGACCGUGAUCGGUGGUGGCUCCUUCGGGCCGAAAGAUCUCUGCUCGACGGGAAUCCUGACCUCCAGAGUCCUGACAGCACCUUCACGCGCUACCUACACCACCGCCUACAUUUAGGCCACGUACCCGCGUGGCCCCACCCCCCAUCCACCUCCACUCCCGUGGCGGAUACCGCGAGCCACGUGUGUCGGCAAUAUGGGGGCUUCAGAAAAAAAAAAAAAAAACUGGGCUUGCUAGAGGCUACUACCGUGUACAUGUCGAAUAAGCACGUAGGUCUAUCGUUCUUGGUUUCAUCCCCGUUGUUGUACGCUUCCGUGAACUGUCCCCUCCCCGCCUCCCGGCACGCUUGGUCCUACUGGCUUGGUUUACACUGACGCUUCCAUGGAAUCCUGUACAACAUUCAUCUUUAUGUAUAUAUUAUAUGUAUACGUAGAGGGUGUUCCACGUAAUAGAGCCACGAAAUUUCAGAAAUUUCCUCGAACAUUACAAGAAAUUUUAUUGGAGUUGAACUGUAAUUUAAGGGUGCACAACUUUCGUACAUCAGAGUUUGUUUAUCUAGAUUCUUUUCGGGGAUACGAAUGUUACAUUUUGAUUGGUAAAUGGCACAACGGGAUUUUUUAAAUAUUUUUCAUUCGUACGAAUGGUAAGAAAU